AUGACAGAAGACACACAAGGGCAGACGGGUGUCUUGCGCGGGCCACAGAUGGGCGGCGGGCGGAAGAUAGCCUGCAGUCACGUGGUGCGGCAAGUACCGGUGACUAAGCGGGAGGCAAAAGGGUCGCCAGACCGAAGAUGGAAACAGACGGAAUUCAAUGAAAAGAAAGGGACUAGGGGGAAAGUUGCAGUUGGAGCUCAAAUGUUCGUCAAUCCACAAUCUGCACGUGCCAAGCCGCGAUUGCUGCCUGAGGCCAGAACCAGGAAGGAGAGAUGGAGCGCAGUCCAGGGGCAGCCGAGGACACAAAGGGCGCGUGACCGGCGCGCAGCAGCUCUCAGCUCAGCUCCAGAAACAGAGACUGAGAAAGUCGGAGGGGGUGCUAGAAUCCUUAAGUACGAACGGUCGCGUUGCGCCCGUCCGUCCUCUGCCGCUAACUCCAUCGGCCACGCUAGUCCCAAUUAUUCUAGUUCAAGCCAUUCCGCAGCCGCUGAUUGGUCCAUGGAUGACGCGUUCUACGAGAUACGAGUUGUUAUUGGUUGUAACCAACCCUGGACGGUGGACCCAGGUUCCGGGUACCAAAAGUUCCCUUUGUCGGAAACAUCGAAAACAACAAGAGAGCCCCCAUCAUCCCAUUUUAUCGACGAGAUGCAUCGUGAUGAUACUGAAGGUGAGUCAGUGCAUCAUCCAGGCUGUGGAGGUCACCAGACCUGA